UUUUUUUUUUUUUAAAGACUAAGCGAGGUGCAAUAUCAAAUUUUGACUCAUAGAAAUUUAUAAUGAGUAACUGAGCAUGAAGUAACGUGGACACGCCGUUCGCCUUGCUAUAUAUUCGUGCAUGAAGUUGAUCACGAGGCACCACCAAACCAUUGUUUCCCAGCAAAAGCAUCUGGUCUACAACCUCCUCUCAAACACUCCUCAACCUGGGCCUCUGCCUUUUGGAAAUGGCGGAAGCAGUGCUCUUCAGCCUUGCCACUGCCAUAAUGAAAAGCAUCGCCGCUGAAAUUGCGAAACCUGGAGGCUCCUUCGCUUCUCGGAAGAUCCAGUUGCUCUGCUGUGCCAAGGACGAGCUCCAAAGCCUUGAUGGCACCAUCCAGACCAUCCGAGCUGUGCUUUUGGAUGCCGAGAAGCAGCAAUGGCACAACAACCAGGUCAAGCUCUGGCUCGGGAGGCUCAAGGAUGUGUUGUACGACGUACAGGACUUGCUUGACGAUGUCGCAACUGAAGAUCUGAGGCGGAAGGUCACUUCCGGCAACAAGAUGUCGAAAGCAUUACGAGUUUUCUUCUCUAAAUCGAAUCAGCUUGCACACCGCCUCAAAGUGGCUAAUCAGAUUCAGGAACUUAGAAAGACACUGGAUGUGAUUGAAAACGAUAGGAAGUUCCGUUUAGAGGAGCAUCAGAGGGAGGAAACAAUGGCCAUCGGAAGAGGAAAGAAAGCUGAAAUUUUCGCACCCGACAGAGCAAUAAUUGGUAGGGAAGAGGACAAAAAAAAGGUCAAACAACUUUUGUUUGAUUCCUCCUCUAGCCAGAGUGUGUCAUUUGUUGCCAUCGUUGGUAAAGGAGGUCUUGGAAAAACCGCACUUGCACGACUAGUGUACAACGAUGGUGAGGUAAGAGAACAUUUUGGGCUGAAGAUGUGGGUGUGUGUAUCUGAUGUCUUUAACGUGAAUGUGAUUAUCAAAGAAAUUCUUAAAUCAGCGAAAGACAACUGUCAAGAGCAUGAUGAUGAUGAGAUUAAAAAGUUAUUGCAAGAUCAUGAGAAUAAGCCUUUAGACCAAUUGCUUAGUCUUCUUCAUGAGAAUCUAGUUAGGAAGAAAUACUUGCUUGUUUUGGAUGACUUGUGGAAUGAAGAUCGGGAUAAAUGGUUGAAGCUUGGAGAUUGGCUAGAGGGUGGUUUAUGGGGAAGCAAGAUACUUGUAACCACUCGCAGCCACACAGUUGCAAAGGUCACGGAUAAGAAAUCAGUUAUCCAUGUUCUACGUGGCUUAUCGGAAGAUAAGUCAUGGAACUUAUUCAGGAAAAUGGCUUUUGGAGAUGGGUUAGAAUCAUUAGACCCGGAACUAGAGGAGAUAGGUCAAGAUAUAAUUAGAAAAUGUGCCGGGGUUCCCCUUGCCAUUAGAACUAUAGGAGGCCUUUUGUACAGCAAAGAGAAAGAUGAAUGGCUCUGUUACGAAGGGCGUGAACUUCCAGAAAUACCAGAAAUUGAUGAGGAUGAUGAUGGAAUUAUGCAAGUCCUCAAGUUCAGUUAUGAUCAUCUCCCGUCAUGCUUGAAACAUUGUUUUGCAUAUUGCUCAUUGUUUCCGAAAGACUAUGCCUACAAUAAAGAGACGAUGAUACAUCUUUGGGUGGCACAAGGCUUUAUUGAGUCACCCAAUGGGAAGCAUAACCUUGAAGAGGUCGCUGACAAUUACUUGUCAGAACUACUGUGCAGGUCAUUCCUCGAUGCUGCAAUCAAACGCAGUGAUGGCAAGGUCCUAACUUUCAAGAUGCAUGAUCUCAUGCACGAUCUUGCCCAAAAAGUUGCUGGAGGUGAAUGCAAGAUUGUUGAUUUUAAAGGGGGAGAUAAUGAUAGAGGAAUUCGACAUGCAUCGUUUGUUUCAGAGAUUUUCUCUCAAGAGAAAAUGGUGUCACUGCUCAAAACAUCCAAAUUGCGGACGUUUCUCUAUUUGGGAAGUGAAUCCUCUAUACUCAACUGUCACAAAGUUUUCUCCGAGUGUAGACAUUGUCGAGCAUUGGGUUUGGGCAAUACAGAUAUUCCUCUCCCUCCUUCCUCCUUCGAAAAGUUGAAGCAAUUAAGGUUUCUUGAUAUUUCUGCAAACCAGUCUAUCCAGAGUUUACCGGAUUCAAUCACGGAUUUGGUGAAUUUGCAUAUCCUUAAACUCUUUAGAUGUAGGAACCUUAAAACAUUGCCAAGAGAUUUGAGGAAAUUGAUCAAUCUUAGGUACCUCUCAAUUAAAUGGUGUAAGUCACUGAGCCACCUACCAUCCCUGAGUGAACUCCCUUACCUAAGGACAUUGAUUCUCGUGGGCUUAGAUGUGUUGGAGUUCCUUCAACAUACAAGUGACCUAGAGCAAUCUGAUACUACACGCCCCUUCUUCCCAUCUCUUGAGAAGCUGUCCCUCCAAUUCUGCAGCAAUCUGAAAGGAUGGUGGGGAAGAAGGCAAGUAAUGGGAGCAUAUCAAAAGCAUCGGUCAAACAAUUCACGGUCAUCCUUUCCAAAACUUUGGUCCGUGGAAAUAGUGGGCUGUCCCCACUUGCAUUUCGUGCCACCAUUCCCCCAGUUGGAAUACUUGUACAUAAAUAGCACGAAAAUGUUGGAACAACAAUUGAUGGCCAAUCCAAAUUGCCCAUUAGAAGGAGAAGUGGGAUCCACAUUCAUCCCUUUCUCAAAACUAAAGCGUUUAUAUCUUGGUGGCAGGGAUCUGGAGCCCUCGAAGCUCAAGGCUCUACUCCGAUUGGCCAGUAAUAUCGAGUCCAUGGGCCUCUUCAAUUGCAACUUAAGGAGUCUCUCUCAUGGCAUGCAGCACCUUUCCUCGCUCCAAGAACUCAACAUUUAUGAUUGUGAAAAACUCGAUUUAUCGUUCCAAGAAGACGAUCAUGACAACCAAUGGCGAUUCCUUACGAAACUUCGUGUUCUUAAAAUCAGACAUUUUCUAAAUUUGGUGGAAUUACCCGAGGGGAUUCAACAUGUCACGACUCUGCAAUCUCUCGAGAUUUUUGAUUGUCGGGAUAUGGAGAGUUUGCCGGAAUGGAUUGGAAAUUUCUCUUUGCUCGAAAAGCUUGUAUUAUCUGACUGUCUGAGAUUAAAUCGUUUGCCAUUUGCUAUGCGCAACCUCACACGAUUGAAGGAAUUGAAAAUCCUUCAUUGUCCAACUCUGAAAGAGAGGUGCCUAACAGAUGGCCGUGAAGAUUGGCCAAAGAUUGCGCACAUUCCAGUCAUUGUUUGGGAGGAUGAAUCGUAA